AGAGAGAGAGUGAGUGAAAGGAGACGGACAAAAUAGGAUCCAAGAGAGGCGCGAGAACUGUCUCACCAUGAAAACCAAAACAGAAACAGAAAAUUCUAAGAAAAAAAAAGGGAACAGAGAAAACAAUGGCAAAAACACCAGCUAAAACAGCUACCUACAGAGACCUUAACAUGCCUUCAUUCCCUUUCACGUACAAAAUGAAACCCUAAUCUGCCAUUUCCUUCUUCAUCCUACACUGAAACCUCCUAUUUUGCCCUUUUUAUGAUUUAUAUAUAACUUUUUGGCUGAUACAUUGUCAUUUCAAUUCAAUUCAAUUCAAUUCUCUAGUUUUGAUUUUUCUUUCUAGAUUUGUCAAUGGAGUCUCUGGUGGAGCUCUGCGACCUCGUGGCGCAAAAACCGACGCAAUUCAAGGAAAAAUUGACGUGGAUUUGCAAUCGAUGUCCUCCAUCGGAGGUUUUCCAAGCCGAUUCCCCUAGGGUUUCGCGGUCACAGCUCAAUGCGGUCCUUGUUUUGGCUCGAUUCCUCUCUAAGUGCACUGAAUACGUUGAUAAUAGGCCUGAAGAUAUCGUCCUUGAUUUUUUUCGCGCGAUUCCGUUGUCGUUUCAGCAAUCAUUUUGGCCCCAGUCACUCGGUAUCGACUCGAUCUCUUUAUUCUUUGUCGAUUUUAUGGCAUAUAUAACCAAAGCGGCUGAGUUGUCCGUGGAUUUCUCCGAGGAGAUUGCUGCUUAUGCUGGGGACGUGAUUAUGGCUGCGAUAAAUAACAAUGCUAGUGAUAAUUCAGCUAUUUCGAAGGCUUUCCUGCUGGCUUUAACGCAUAAUUUCCCGCCAAUUGAACAGUACGAUGCGGAGAAACUGGUGACGUGCCUACUCGAUCAGUUGAAUUCCUCCGGCCAGGUUUCGGCUUCUACUAGUGAACAAAUUGGUAUAAGCUCCGAAACGUCGUCGUCUCAGUGCUCGCCAAUGAACAACGUAAACCAUAGGAAUUCUAACCACAGUCCCGCGAAUGAUACGAGCCACGUCUCGGGAUCGUCCGGCGCCAGUGUGGUGUCGUCAAUGUCUGUGGCGAUAAAUGGAGGCAGCGUAGCGUGGAAGAGUGGUUUUGAUUCUAUGGCAAUGGGUCUUGGGUUCAAUGAUGGAGGCGGAGGUUUGUUUAGGCAACAAGUGGCUUCCUUUGAAGAGGAGUCUGUGGAGGCAUUAGAGAAGCAGGUGAUUGCAUUUAAGUUAAUUGCACAUGUUCUGGAUCGUGUGAAGAUUGAUAAUGAUCUUUUGAAGAGCCUGAGGACAAUUGCUAAGAAGCAGUUACAUUCUCUGUCUGCAUUUCUAAAGAUACGGAAGCGGGAUUGGACUGAGCAGGGGCAACCUUUAAAAGCUAGAGUGAAUGCAAAACUGUCUGUUUAUCAGGCGGCAGCAAAGAUGAAAUUUAAAACUAUUGCAUCUAUUGAUGCGGAUGGGAAAACCUCCAAGAGAUUGGUGCUUGAGACUCUUGCACUAAUGAUAGAUGCUGCAGAAGCGUGUUUGAUCUCUGUGUGGCGAAAGUUGAGAAUUUGCGAAGAGCUGUUCAGUUCCCUCCUCACUGGCACUGCACAUAUUGCUGUCACUAAAGGAGGUCAGCCAUUGCGUGUUCUGUUGAUUCGCCUCAAGCCUCUUGUGCUGACUGCAUGUACACAGGCUGAUACAUUGGGGGACAGCCAGGGAGCUAUGUUUGAGACUGUCAUGAAGACUAGUUGUCAGAUAAUAGAAUCUGGGUGGACCAAAGACCGGUCUCCUGUUGACACAUUUAUCAUGGGAUUAGCCACAAGCAUACGUGAACGAAAUGACUAUGAUGAACAGGCUGACAAGGAAAAGCAGGGAGUUCCAGCUGUGCAACUUAAUGUUAUACGCUUACUAGCUGAUCUGACUGUUGCUGUUAACAAGUCUGAAGUAGUAGACAUGAUACUCCCUCUUUUUAUUGAAAGCUUAGAAGAGGGUGACGCUUCAUGUCCUGGUUUAUUGCGACUCCGACUUCUUGAUGCUGUAUCUCGCAUAGCAAGUUUAGGUUUUGAGAAGUCCUAUCGUGAGACUGUUGUUCUGAUGACAAGAAGUUACUUGUGUAAAUUAUCUGGUGUAGGAGCUGCUGAAAGCAAAACAUUGGCACCGGAAGCCACAACAGAACGUGUUGAGACUCUCCCUGCAGGAUUUCUUUUGAUUGCUAAUGGCCUUACAAAUAUGAGAUUGCGUUCAGACUAUCGUCAUCGUUUGCUAUCUUUGUGCUCAGAUGUAGGCCUGGCUGCUGAAUCCAAAAGUGGAAGGAGUGGAGCAGAUUUUCUGGGGCCUCUUCUUCCUGCUGUUGCUGAAAUAUGUUCUGAUUUUGAUCCUACUGUAGAUGUGGAGCCUUCUCUUUUGAAAUUAUUCCGAAAUUUAUGGUUCUACAUUGCCCUUUUUGGUUUAGCACCUCCUAUACAGAAAAAUCAACAACCAGCAAAGUCAGUUUCAACUACCUUGAACAGUGUGGGAAGCGUGGGUUCAAUUGCACUUCAAGCAGUGAGUGGACCGUACAUGUGGAAUGCAGAGUGGUCUUCUGCCGUUCAAUGUAUUGCUCAAGGGACUCCUCCUCUUGUUGUCAGCUCUGUCAAAUGGCUUGAAGAUGAAUUGGAACUAAAUGCCCUUCACAACCCUGAAAGCCGUCGCGGUAGUGGCAAUGAGAAAGCGGCUGUUACCCAUAGAGCUGCUCUUUCAGCUGCUUUGGGAGGGCGAGUUGAAAUUGCAGCAAUGAGCACGAUUUCAGGUGUGAAGGCAACUUAUCUUCUUGCUGUUGCUUUUUUGGAGAUAAUACGUUUCAGCAGUAAUGGUGGCAUCCUCAAUGGUGGUAGUGGUUUGACUGCUGCUAGAAGUGCCUUCAGUUGUGUUUUUGAGUACCUAAAAACUCCAAACCUUAUGCCUGCUGUCUUCCAAUGUUUAACGGCAAUUGUCCACAGGGCAUUUGAAGCAGCAGUACAUUGGCUGGAAGAUCAAAAAAGUUACACAGGCAAUGAAACUGAGAGCAGAGAAUCAACUCUUUUUGCCCAUACCUGUUUUCUCAUUAAAAGUAUGUCGCAGAGAGAGGAACACAUCCGGGAUAUUGCUGUUAAUUUGUUGACUCAGCUUAGAGAUAAGUUUGCUCAGGUCUUGUGGAAUUCAUCUUGCUUUGACUCCCUGCUAUUUUCAGUUAAUAACGACUCAUCUUCUACUGUUGUUAACGAUCCUGCUUGGGCAGUGACAGUUCGUUCUUUAUACCAAAGAAUUUUGAGAGAAUGGAUCAGCAUAUCACUUUCAUAUGCCCCAUGCACUAGCCAGGGUCUACUUCAGGAAAAGCUCUGCAAAGCAAACACAUGGCAGAGAGCACAACCGACAACUGAUGUGGUUUCUCUUUUAACUGAGAUACGAAUUGGGACUGGUAAAAAUGAUUGGACUGGCAUACGAACAGCUAAUAUUCCUGCAGUCAUGGCUGCAGCAGCUGCUGCAUCAGGAGCAAACUUGAAAUUGACAGAAGCCUUCAAUUUGGAGGUACUCAGUACUGGUAUAGUCAGUGCAACAGUUAAGUGCAAUCAUGCUGGAGAAAUUGCUGGGAUGAGAAGGUUAUAUAGCAGUAUUGGUGGAUUUCAACCUGGUAACCCACAACCAGGUUUUGGAGGUGGUCUUCAGAGAUUAAUAUCUGGAGCAUUUUCUCAACCUCCACAGGAGGAUGAUUCAUUUAAUGGGAUAUUACUUAACAAGUUUGUGCAUCUUCUUCAACAAUUUGUCAGCACUGCAGAGAAAGGCGGCGAAGUGGACAAAUCACAAUUUCGUGAUACUUGUUCUCAGGCAACUGCAUUACUUCUCUCAAAUCUGGUUUCUGAUUCAAAAUCUAACAUAGAGGGCUUUGCUCAACUUCUACGUCUUCUUUGUUGGUGUCCGGCAUAUAUUUCUACACAAGAUGCAAUGGAGACUGGUGUUUUUGUUUGGACAUGGUUGGUUUCAGCUGCACCCCAAUUGGGGUCUCUUGUUCUUGCUGAGCUUGUUGAUGCUUGGUUAUGGACAAUCGACACGAAACGAGGCCUCUUUGCAUCUGAAGUGAAGUAUUCUGGACCUGCUGCAAAAUUGAGGCCUCACCUUUCUCCUGGGGAACCAGAACAGCUACCUGAAAUUGAUCCUGUUGGACAAAUAAUGGCACAUAGAUUAUGGCUCGGAUUUUUUAUUGAUCGCUUUGAGGUUGUUCAUCACAAUAAUAUCGAGCAACUCCUGCUCCUUGGCCGAAUGUUACAAGGGACCACAAGAUCAUCAUGGAACUUUUCACGCCAUCCUGCAGCCACUGGCACCUUUUUUACUUGCAUGCUCCUUGGGCUCAAGUUUUGCUCGUGUCAGUUCCAAGGGAAUUUGCAGGGUUUCAAAUCAGGCCUUCAACUACUGCAAGACCGGAUUUAUAGGACCUGUUUGGGCUGGUUUGCUUCUGAGCCUGAAUGGUAUGACAUAAAUAAUAUGAAUUUUGCACAAAGUGAGGCUCAGUCUGUUUCUAUAUUUGUUCACUAUCUCUCCAAUGAGCGAUCAGAUGCUCACUCUGAUGCAAAAGGACGGGGGCAAGAAAAUGGAAGUUCUUUGGCUGAUGUGAAUGAUCAAUUUCAUCCUGUCUGGGGCCAAAUGGAGAACUAUAUUACGGGAAAAGAGAAGCGGAAACAGCUGCUUUUGAUGUUAUGUCAACAUGAGGCUGAUAGGCUUGAAGUUUGGGCACAACCAACUAACACAAAGGAAAAUAUGUCUCGGCCUAAAAUCAGCUCAGAGAAAUGGAUAGAAUAUGCUAGGACUGCUUUCUUAGUGGAUCCUCGGAUUGCCUUAGCCUUAGCCGCAAGGUUCCCCGCGAAUGCUUCUUUGAAGGCUGAAUUAACUCAUCUUGUUCAGUCACAUAUUCUGGAAAUACGCUGCAUACCUGAAGCAUUGCCAUAUUUUGUUACCCCCAAGGCUGUUGAUGAAAAUUCAGCACUUUUGCAACAACUGCCACACUGGGCUGCUUGUUCAAUUACACAAGCUCUUGAGUUCCUCACUCCCGCAUAUAAAGGUCAUCCACGUGUCAUGGCAUAUGUUCUCAGGGUUUUGGAAUCCUACCCUCCAGAGAAAGUGACCUUCUUCAUGCCACAGCUAGUCCAGUCAUUGAGAUAUGAUGAAGAGAAGUUAGUUGAAGGAUAUUUGCUCAGAGCAGCUCAAAGAAGUGACAUAUUUGCCCAUAUUCUGAUAUGGCAUCUACAGGGUGAGCAAUGCGAACCAGAACCGGGAAAAGAAGCUACCACCGGAAAGAAUAGUUCCUUUCAAGCGCUGUUACCAAUUGUUCGACAACAUAUUAUUGAUGGUUUCGCUGGAAAGGCCCUUGACAUAUUUCAAAGGGAAUUUGACUUCUUUGACAAAGUCACAUCUAUUUCUGGUGUUCUCUAUCCAAUUCCUAAGGAAGAACGUCGAGCUGGUAUUCGGAGGGAGUUGGAAAAAAUCGAAGUGCAGGGAGAGGACCUUUAUUUACCAACUGCUCCUAACAAGCUUGUCAGGGGUAUACAGGUGGACAGUGGAAUACCGUUACAGUCAGCAGCAAAAGUUCCUAUAAUGAUUACAUUUAAUGUGGUUGACCGGGAGACGCCAAAUGAAAUAAAACCUCAAGCUUGCAUUUUCAAGGUACGGUUGGAGUUGGAAAAAAUCGAAGUGCAGGGAGAGGACCUUUAUUUACCAACUGCUCCUAACAAGCUUGUCAGGGGUAUACAGGUGGACAGUGGAAUACCGUUACAGUCAGCAGCAAAAGUUCCUAUAAUGAUUACAUUUAAUGUGGUUGACCGGGAGACGCCAAAUGAAAUAAAACCUCAAGCUUGCAUUUUCAAGUUUCCAUUAAAGGUAUCAAUUACAGAUGGUCUUGUUGAAACAUUCUCUUAUGGAUUGUGCCUGUCUAAGACAUUUCCUCAUUAUGGGUACAUUUAUGCACAUGAUGGGUAUGGUUGUGAUGAGGCACGAAUGAGGCGAUUCAGUGGGUCCAAACGUUAUAGCUUCAUACAGGUGGUUCCUAACUCGCGAAGCAGAAGUCAAAUGGGUGAAACAACAGAUGGUGGUUUAUUUGAGAUUUUUCAACAGGAUUUUGGGCCUGUAGGCUCUCCUAGUUUUGAAACUGCACGUGAAAACUUUAUCGUUAGCAGUGCAGGUUAUGCAGUAGCCAGUCUUUUGCUUCAGCCGAAGGACAGACAUAAUGGGAAUCUUCUUUUUGAUAGUGAUGGGAGGCUAGUUCAUAUUGAUUUUGGUUUCAUUUUUGAAAUAUCACCUGGUGGAAAUAUGAGAUUCGAAAGCGCACACUUCAAGCUGAGCCAUGAGAUGACCCAACUAUUAGAUCCUUCUGGUGUUAUGAAGAGUGAAACCUGGAACCAAUUUGUAAGCUUGUGCGUCAAGGGUUUUACUGCAGCCCGUCGUUACCAUGGAUUGGGAUAAAUCAACACCUGUGAUGUUGAUUGUUUACGACCAAGCGGAUUACCUGCUUCAAGUCGGGGUGAUCCAAAUCGGAAAUUCUUACGCAAGAGAUUCAAUCCUGAGAUGAGCGAGCGUGAAGCUGCCAAUUUUAUGAUCCGCGUGUGCACAGACGCCUACAACUAAGUGACAACUGCCGGCUAUGACUUGAUACAUAUUUCUGAGCAAGGCAUUGAGAAGUAGAACCAAUAUCA